AAAAGGGUCGCGGCAUUCGCGGACUGGAAAAGGUGGAGUGUCGGCCAGCGUCCAGGGGUUGACAGGCUGAUUGGUACCUGGCGUUGUGGGCACUUUACCCGCUACAGCUCAGGUACCAGCGACCCAUGGGCUGGUGACGUCGCGACCACAAGUUAAGUUUCGCUUCUCUUUUCAAACGUGUUGGACAACAUACAUUCACACGCUCUCCACGCAAGACCGCUACGACCAAAAUUAACAAGACAUGGAAAUAUCAUAACUCUACUGUACAUCAACAUCCAUACUAUAGCGUCCAAUUAAGAUGCACUUCCUCCGGUGCAUCGCGUUACGGCGCACCAUCCCCUCCAUACAAACUUCCUGUCAACCACAUAGCCCGUUAUCACAGCGCUGGCUUUCUUCAACAGCUUCAGCUUCUCUAUCCUUCUCGUCUCCUCAUAAUAUCAAACAGCUGCCGCCUCGUCCCCGGCCCCCGCCUGAGGAGGAAAUUGAGGAAUCAUUUCUCAAAGGCAGUGGUCCUGGUGGCCAAAAGAUUAAUAAAACAAACUCGGCUGUACAGUUGAAACAUACUCCUACAGGCAUUGUUGUCAAAUCGCAGGCGACUCGGUCUCGAGAACAAAACCGAAAACAUGCCCGCGAACUCCUAGCCCAGCGACUGGACGAUUUAAAUAAUGGCGAACAAAGCCGCUCAACGAUUGUCGGCAACAUUAAGAAGAAAAGAUCAGAUAGCGCCUCCAAGAAGAGCAGGCGGAAAUACCGAAAGCUCGAGGAAGAAAAGACUGCGGCUACAUCGGCGCCGAGAGCUGACAAUGGCGAUGCAGGACUGGAGCCUCUUGCUACAGACCAGACAAAUAAUAGUAAAAGUAGCGCCAGCUCAAGUCAAUAAAACGAUGCAGAAUGUACAAAGUAAAUGAACAUAUCGGAAGAGCAGGCAUCUCCGUUUACAAGUAGUCAAUCGUUCAACGCUAUGUGACUGAAGACUUACUCGCCAUACAAAAAUAAGCACAAAUACACAAAGGUCAUCGAUACGGGCAUAAUCGUCAGUCUCUUUA